AGUAGCUUCGCUGAAUUUUCGACGGAACAAAUAGUGCUCUGAAAAACAAUGUGUAGUACCAGUGCCGUGGGCUAUUACGUUCCAAUCAGGCAAGAUGAUGGUGUAUCUCCAUGCAAGGAGAAUACAUUUAACAGGCCACGCCAACCAUCGCGUGUCAUGGUCAGAAGAUACGCAUUAACAUCCACGGGCUGCAAAUAUUUGGAAAUUGGAAUCAGCGUAGGACCUACAGCCGAUGUAGAAAUUCUUCUCGGUGAUAAUCGUGGGAAUCAUCUUAGAAUACCAUGGCAUACAUGGAACUCACUAUUCGACUGCUGUACAACCAUCGAAGAACGUGCACAAUUGCCUGGAUCAUCAUUGAUGCAGAUUAAUGAAUUAACGGUGGAAUUUUGUCGGAUGUUUGAUUCGUCGAUUGUAAAGAUGACAAUUGAUAAUAAGUCGCUGUAUUUCAAACCGAAUACAGUAGCAUUUUUAUUUAAUCUUGAGCCAUGUGUAAGCUAUGUGUAUCCGCGGCUCUAUCAAACUGUAGAAGAUGUGAGGAAAAAAUUUAUAACUUUUGUUAACGUGUUGCAACAGAGCAAUGCUGUCAUCGAAACAUUAGAUACGCGUAGUGCUGCUAAAAUCAUACGUGACAGCGAAUAUUACUGCAGGGAUUAUCUUGUAGAUUGCGAACUGUUAGCAUGCGCCAUCAAUGAUAUUGUAAUUGAAGCUCGUAAGAAAAAACGUAACAAUAUAUUACCGAAACAUUAGAUACGCGUAGUGCUGCUAAAAUCAUACGC